AAAUUAGGAUUUAGUUUGGUUGGUUGGCCCCCCAAGUGAUGUCAGUAGAAUAGAAUAGAAUCCUCUCUUCUCUUGAACAAAAAGCGAGAGAGAGAGAGAAGAAGAGAGAGACGAGACAAUAAAGCUGACACAGCCACCACUCCGCCACCCCUUUGGCCGGCCGCCAUCUCUGCAGGCUUGCCAACAAUUUUCCAUCUCAGAGCUGAAGAACAAAAAGGGGCAGUUGGGUUUGCGUUUUCCACAUUCAUCAUUCCUAUAUUGUCAACAAUUGUCUGAUUUGAUUCUCAUAAGAAUAUGGAGGAGCAGCAGCAGCGCAGAAAUGGCGUGAAUCAGCAGAUGCCGCAGAAGUGCCCGCGCUGCAACUCCGCCAACACCAAGUUCUGCUACUACAACAACUACAGCCUGUCGCAGCCGCGCUACUUCUGCAAGGCCUGCCGGCGGUACUGGACCCACGGCGGAACCCUAAGAAACGUCCCCGUGGGCGGCGGCUGUCGCAAGCCCAAGCGCCCCAAACCUCUUCCAAUUCCCCCCUCUCAACACCCAAUCAGGCCCUUCCCUCCUCAAACGCAUCCCAUCUACAGCGGCGGCGCCUCCUUCCUCUCGUCCUUGGCCGCCAUGCAAUCUUUAUCCACCACCCAACCCCAACCCCAACCCCAGUUUCAUGAUCACUACUUCCAACCGCGCCCUUCUUGGACUCAAACCUUCAUCAAUACACCUCCCUCCUCCACCACCGAUACCCACACCCACGCCGCCUCUUCAUUCAAUCCGGAUCAUUGCCACCAGGAUGCCUUUCAUCCAUCAUCUUCUCACUAAUUUUACCCAAAUCUAUAUAUCUCCUUCUUUCUUACUAGCUUUCCUUUGGAUUAUGAUGGGUUCGGUGUUUUAUGUGUAUAACCAUUGUUGUAAUUAACCAUCUUAUAGUGAUUCAAUUUAAGUUGUGUUAGCUUUGCUUGCUCAACUUUUUCAUCAAAAGUAAAUCGGUUUUAAUGUUA